AAAUAUAGAUUCCUUGGAAUUCCCCGGGUGCAGGUGUUGUUGUCUGUGUCGCGUUGCGCGGAUAUUAUUUUUGCAAAAGAAUCCAUCAAGGAUUAAGCUUAACAUGGCAAGAACGCUGGAAAAUUUACUUGGUGAUUAUGUUAUUCGAAAUCCAAGCGAAAAAGUUGCUGUUAGUUCGCUUUGUGGAAAAGACAGGGUGAUUGGAAUUUAUUUUUCAGCCGAGUGGUGUCCUCCAUGCAAAGGAUUUACCCCAAAAUUAGUGGAGUUUUACAAAAAAAUACACGAAAAGGAAGAAGGAUGUAAAUUUGAAAUAGUUUUUGUUAGCUGGGAUAAAGAUGACAAUACAUUUGCAGAAUAUUUUAAAACAAUGCCAUGGCUAGCACAGCCAUUUGGACAUGCAAAAAAGGGAAAGCUGUGUAAGAAAUUUCGAGUGCAGGGUAUUCCAAAACUAGUCCUGAUAGAUGCGGAAACAGGGCAGACAAUAACUCGCGAAGGAUACUCGCACUUGAUGGAGGAUGAAAAUGGUACAGAGUUUCCAUGGCGACGGAAAAAAUUUGGUGACAUCAUCAAGGGGAAAUUAUUAAAAGAAGGCAAAGAGGUUGAUGCCUUAGAAGAACUCAAAGGGAAAAUUGUUGGCCUUUAUUUUUCAGCUCAUUGGUGUCCACCAUGCCGAGUAUUUACGCCAGAGCUGAUCCGAACUUAUGAAAAAUUGAAAGCCAAUGGAAAGAAAUUUGCGGUGAUAUUUGUGUCAUCUGACCGAUCAGAAGAUUCCUUCACAAGCUUUGCAAACUCUAUGCCAUGGUUGGCCUUGCCGUUUGGUGAUCCAAGGUCACAGAUGCUGAAAAAUCUAUAUGAGGUGGAAGGUAUACCAAUGUUGGUAAUGAUAGAUGAACAAGGAGGGGUGAUAACUCUUGAUGGACGUCUUGCUCUUAAUGAGGACAUUGAUGGACAGGAGUUCCCAUGGUAUCCUAAACCAAUAAAUGAGUUGACAGAAGGUGGGGCUAUACAGUUGAAUGAGUCUGCAUGUCUUGUUUUAUUUGUUGAGCCAGAAGAUGAGGAAGUUGACAGGGCACGAGAUUUACUCCUCCAGCCAGCAACUGAAGAGCACAACAAGGGAGAGCAUCGUGAUCUUGUCUUUUUUAUUGGAGCAGAUGAUGAUAUUUGUGAAUCUGUGCGUGUUUUUGCUAGCCUUUCUGAACGGACACCGCUUUUGACCAUCCUUGACUUUCCGGAACAAAAGGUCUAUGUUAGUGAGGAGAAAAAUAUAACAACGGAACAUGUUUGUUCUUUUGUCAAGGACUAUUUACAAGGGACAUUACCUGCUAGACCAUGCAGGAGUAAUAGUAAUUAAACAAUCAAAGCUAAAUAGUGAAUAUACUAUGUCAAAAAAGAUAUAAAAGGAUCAAAAACUGUUGUUAUUUUGUACCAGAAUGAGUUACGAAGGAUGACCCAGUGCAACAUUUUACAGUUUUCUGAUAUGUGUAUUGACGUCAGACUUGUGUUGUAAAAUCAACUGUCAACAAACUCAUUUUGCAUUAUUUUUGGUGGAUGGAUUUUUUUUUAUUAAUGGACGUGUUAAGUUUUCAUCUUGAAGUUGUCCAUUUGUUUAGAGAGUAGAGUUUUAAUAUCAAAUUUCUAAACUUUGGCAGUCUACAGUAUGCAGUCUGGUCAGACUAAAGGCGAGUCUUGCUCGAUACAGAUGGCAUCGGGGAAGUCUUUGUCAGCACAGACGUUUGGAGAGUAUAUAUAAGUGGUCCUUUUUUUUAUGCAUAAUUAAUGAUAAAUUAUGCAAAUUAUAGUCAUAUAACCACCAAUCUUGUUCAUUUGUUUCCUGAUAUACAUGUAGUUAUAUCAACCAGUUUGUGUUGAUUUUUUUUGCAGUCAGUUUUUAUUUCAAAAUUUAAUCCUGACCCACUGCUAUGUCUGAAUAUUAUGCAUGGAAAAGAAGUGAAUAGUUUUUUGCACAAAUUUUUAAUAAAAUUUCAUUAUGUCACAAUCUUUAUGUUCAUAAAACUAGUUUAUGCUUCCAAAAUAAGAUAUACAGACAUUUGAUUAAAAUAAAAGCUUCAUGUGCUGAAUUUUGUGGUCCAGAUUUUGAGUGAUGUUUAAUCAUAUUAAUUCAAAGCCUUAUUUGGUUGCUUAUUUUAAGACAAGAGUUGAGUGAUUUAGUAAGUUUUAUUCAGUUUGGAGAAUGAAAAAACUAUGAAACUUGUUUAAAAGUUGUAUAAGUGUUUGCAUUAAAUUUUUUUAUAUUGAUGGUUUUUAAGACUCACUAAUUUUGCCAUAGAUUAUUGUUGGUUAUUGGAACUACGCAAUCAUUACCUAAUUUUACAGUAUUUUUGUUCACAUGUCAUCAUCUUUAAAUCUUACUGUUGAUAAAACAAGUAGAAGUAGAAAGGCUUAUGAUGAGUUGUCGGUUUACCACCUUGUUAUGUUUUAAGUCAUUUGAGCCGCGUCAUGACAAAACCAACAUAAUGGGCUUGUGAACAGCAUGGAUCCAGACUAGCCUGCGCAUCCGCACAGUCUGAUCAGGAUCCAUGCUGUUCGCUUACCAACCCUAUUACAAGUAGAGAAACUGAUAGCGAACAGCAUGGAUUCUGAUCAGACUGCGCGGAGGCUGGUCUAGAUCCAUGCUGGUCGCAAACCCACUAUGUUGGUUUUGUCAUGACAUGGCUCAUUUGAUUGUAUAGAUUAAAGAGAGAAAAAUUAAAAACAAAAAUUUCAAAUAAAUUUUAAAUUCAGCUUCUCAUAGACUGUUUGAAAUCUCAUGUUUCAACAGCUGUAAUGAUGUAAAACUGUGUUCAUAUUUUGCAUUAACGUUUUUUCUUCAAUACCAUUGAAUGUCUGUACUCUUUUUUUAAACAAACUUCACAUGUUUAGAGGUCUCAGUCCAAGACACAUAACUCUUGCAUCAAUUUAAUCAUUUUUAUUCCCCUUUGUGUACAUAAUAAAAAGUCCUGGUUAAGGUUUUGUCACCAGUUUUUAUUUCAUUUCAACUGCACACACUACUUCAGGGUCAUAUUU